UCCGGAGUAGCUUCGGGAGACGGAAGCACACGUUCCCCUCCGUUUUUACGACAGAAGAAGAAGAAGAAGAAAAAGCCGGCAGGAGACCGAAACGGCGAGCCAAAAAAGUUGUUUUAACCUACGAAACUUCGCGUUAGGGAUCUAAAAAAGAAAACAUGACUGGAGACAUUGAAAAGGGCAAGAAGGCAUUUGUCCAGAAGUGUGCCCAGUGUCAUACUGUUGAACAGGGUGGAAAGCACAAGGUGGGACCCAACCUUUGGGGCCUCUUUGGGCGUCAGACUGGCCAGGCUCCUGGCUACUCCUAUACAGAUGCCAACAAAAGCAAGGGCAUUAUCUGGAAUGAGGAAACCUUGAUGAUUUAUUUGGAGAACCCGAAGAAAUACAUCCCAGGGACAAAGAUGAUCUUCGCUGGCAUCAAAAAGAAGAAUGAGCGAGUUGACCUGAUCGCAUACCUCAAAUCUGCAACUUCAUAGGGGACCUCUCCAGCUCUUUUGUCUUCACUAAUCUUAAAUCAGAACGGGCUGAUAAGGAGACCACAAUCCAAUUGACACAAUAUAACAUUAUCAUUUUUUCCUUUGUCAAACCAAACCAAAAGGGCAACCAGUCCCAGUGAGUUUUGCCUUAUGUUUUGUGGCUAUAGAUUUAUUUUUGAUAUCAAACAUCUUCAGCUGUUCAGUAAAUAAUUUAUCCAGCUUUUAACGAAGGCUUUUACCAUAAAUUAGUCUGCAUACUGUGAAUUCAGAAUGAGUAACAUGAAGCAUGUGUGAGCUGUUAUAAAUCCCUCCCGAGCAGUGACUCAUCCUCAUUCCAUUCCUUAACUUAAUGCCUUCUUUGCUUUACGUCUGUUAAGUUCGCAAGUUAAAUAAAACAAGCUGUAAACACA